CUUCGACGAGGGACCAGUACGUAAUUAUGCACUGUGCAAGGUCAACUAAACUUCCAUUGCACGAUCGACAAUGUUUGGAGAUUUAAGUUAAUAAAAACAACACCUUUUACCUUAAUUUUAGGCACAAAGACUCUUCGAUGUUGUUGAGAAUUCAUCCGACGGCUGCCCAUUGGGGUUCAGGGGACUGUUUGGCACGUAUAAACAGGAUCAUUUCAUCAUGAAUUGUGGAAUUUGAGGUGAUUUUUGUGGAGCGAUUUUCCCGGGGUGCGCUUUCAUUUUGCGGUCCCGAUUGCGCGUAUGGUCGGGUAUGUUUGUGUACAUAAACUUGACUUGCAGCUGGACGGUGUUAUGAUCACCAUUUUGAGAGUUUUCUGUGAAUAAGGAAUACAGUUUUUGUGAGGGAAAAGGCUGAUACCAUUGCCAAGAUGGCAUCGGAGUCCUAUGAUUGGGCUUACUCAAUGGUGGACUCUUCCCGAGUGUCAACGUUUGUCAUUUCCAUCUUGCUCAUUGUCUAUGGGAGCUUCAGGUCUUUAAACAUGGACCAGGAGGAGAAGGAGAAGAAUUUACGAGAAGACAAGGACCCUACCGCUCAGAGUCCAAACCCAAACGCACCAGUCGCAAGUGAAAAUGUUCAUAGUAUAGACACAACUCAAGCCAUGUUUCUGCCCAUUGGAGCUUCCAUCUCCCUGCUCGUCAUGUUCUUCUUCUUCGACUCCAUGCAAAUGGUCUUCGCUGUUUGCACAGCAGUAUUAGCUACUGUAGCCUUUGCUUUUCUGCUGUUGCCGAUGUGCCAGUAUUUAUUAAGGCCUUGCUCCAAUGGUACAAAGAUUUCUUUUGGUUGCUGCGGCCGCUUCACCUCGGCAGAAAUUAUGUCCUUUUGUCUUGCUGUUAUGCUGGUGUUCCUAUGGGUCAUGACUGGCCAUUGGUUGCUGAUGGACGCACUAGCCAUGGGUCUGUGCGUCACCAUGAUCGCGUUUGUCCGUCUACCAAGCCUCAAAGUCUCCACGUUACUCCUCACCGGUCUACUGGUCUACGAUGUCUUUUGGGUCUUCUUCUCCACAUACAUAUUUAAUGCCAACGUCAUGGUCAAAGUGGCCAUGAGGCCCGCUAACAACCCAAUCGGUGUGGUUGCCAGGAAGCUGAACAUGCCUGCCGUUGUCAAGGACGCUCCUCAGCUCUCCCUGCCCGGAAAACUCAUCUUCCCUAGCAGUGCCCAGAACGCUGGUCACUUCUCAAUGCUGGGUCUCGGCGACAUCGUCAUGCCGGGCCUGCUCCUGUGCUUCGUCAUGCGCUACGACAACUACAAGAGGCUGUUGGCCGAGGGGGGCCAGGCUGCGCCCGUCCUUGCCCCCAGCGGGUUCACCCAGAGGGUCACUUACUUCCACUGCUCGCUGAUUGGUUAUUUUGUGGGUCUCUUGACUGCGACAGUUUCCUCCGAGGUCUACAAAGCAGCCCAGCCCGCCCUGCUCUAUCUUGUCCCAUUCACUCUCCUGCCUCUGCUCCUAAUGGCCUAUCUCAAGGGUGACCUGAAGCGGAUGUGGCACGAGCCGUUCAUCAAAGGCCCGACCAACAAGUACACCGAGGUAUGACAGAAGGUCAAACUGCAUCCCGUGUAAAAAGAAAAAAGAAAACAAACAAAAAACAUCUUGCUCCCUUGUCCUGCAUAUAAAGGCAAUCACAGGCCUCCAUGGACCCAUCAUCCCUUGAGCCGUCUCCAGCUUCAAACCCGAAGACAUGUCCUCCUGCUUAACCGGACAAAAAAUGUGGACCCUUUUUCGCCAGGAAUUUGGACUGCCGGUGUUUGUUAGCCCGACAGCAUGUGAACGUUGAGAGUUCAACGGUUUGAAGAACAGUGCUUGGAUGUAUCUCAAAAAAAGCUGGCAUGCGCUCGCCUCCUUAAAGGUGACGUUUGGAGCAUGCCUAUUGCCGUGGAUACACAGAUGGUUGUCGUGGAUAAGGAGGCCGCCAUUUCUUCAGAGGGUCUUGGUUGGAUAUGUUAACAAAAACCACCAUCUUCAAAAGUUUUUUCAGCCGGGUGUGUGUAAUGGAUUGCAAACAGCGAAGAGACACACCACUUCACAAUGUGUUGCUUUAAAACUAGUGUAAUUAUUACUUUUGCCGAGGAAGUGUUGAGGACAUUUUUUUUCCUGCAAAGCAUCAUGGGAAGCCAUGGAAUUAUGGGAUAGCGUCUCUGGAAUCGAGGGGGACGCCACAGAGGCUGCGUGUUGCGACGAGCAGGGACUACUGAAAUGUGUGUUUGGACCGUCGGGAAUGACGUGUAAAGAACAAGCGGCAAGUCAGGGACUGAAACUAUUUCAGUUUUCGUGUUUUUUUUUUUGUUUUUUGUGUAAAUUUGGAAUGUGUUGACUCGCAUAGUCUGGAGGUAAUUUGUGAAGCCAGCAGUAUGGAAAAAUACAUGUAUUGUUAUCUGGGGUUUCAAAAUUGACCCUGAAAAUCAAAAGCUUGGAGAGUGCACUGUAAACAGAAUGAAUCGUUGGCAUGGAAGCUUAUCUUCAGGGCUUCGCGAUGGGAACGGAAGAAGCUGCACAGUAGAACUCUGGGGAAAAAAAAUAAUGAUUUUACAAGGUGUUUUAUUAAAUCUAUAGUCAAAUCCGGUGUAGCAUGAAUUUAGGUUUUAUGAAAUACAGACUCUUUGGUGGUAUUGUGCAUGCUCAUGCAUCGAUAAUUAGGAGAGGGAUCGGGCACGUGAGAGGGUUUAACCAAUAAAAGGGGAAAAGAGUCCGAUUUUCAUACGAGUCCGAUUUUCAUAUGAUACCAGCAUGACGUACAUGUAAGAGAUUGGCCAAGAAAUCCAUAAACGUGCGUCUAUUUGAUUUGCUGUAAUAUGUUCACGCUAAUGCCAUUGUUGUCAUGGUGAUUGGUGUUCUCGGGCCAAUGUGAAUUUCAAACCGACACGGUUCUGAUAAAUUACCUAAACGGAGUGCUUCGAUUCCGCUGCAGAUGGGGGAAGAAAGUUACAUGUCUUGUCUUUUGUGUUCUCUCCUGUGGCUUCACAACCCAGGCGUCGCAUCCAAUCGGUAUAUUUAUAUAUAUAUUCUGAUAAUUUAUAGUUAUUCUGUGUAGAUUCUCUUACUGUUUAUGUGUAUAUAUACGUAGGAAAAUACUUGAAAUCAGGUGGUUUACAUGUUUUCUAGCAAAGUUUUACGAUGACAAUGAAGCCUUGAUUGAGAAUGAUGUGAAGUAUUAAGGGGUUGGUUUCGAGGCCUGUCUGUGGAAGCAUUUCUGCUGGUUCUAAUUGGAAGGCUAUUAAAUGGUUUUAAAACAAAAAUUGUUGAGUACAUCACUAGACAACAGACAAGUUUCGAACAGAGCACUUGGGAGGUUUACGAAACCUUGGCUUUGUUUCCCAGCUGUGGCACAGGCUGAUUUUAGAGGCCUUACUUUACUGGACUGUGGCUCAGUGUGGGUGCAUGUUCUGCAAUCAGAACCUACAUAACAUAAUAAAUGUAUGAUGCCAGAGUGUAUAGUGUUUCCAUGUGGUGUGGACAGCCGAAGCUG